AUGGCGGAUCGUUUCCAGGGCUCGUUCGUCCGCUUGGUCGGCAGGGACCCGCCUCUGCUCCGCGCCGCCGGGCCGCCGGAGGGGACGCGCCGGAGGGGACGCGCGCGGCACGGGCCUCCCCGAGACGGGCGCCCCAGCGAGCCGGAAGCCGGAGAGCGGCUCUGGAAGGGCGGCGUGGGCAUUGAUUUUCCCUUAGAUAUUGGAUCAGAGCGGUACACUUUCAGCUUCACCAUUCGGGACUCGCCAACCUAUUUUGUAAAUGCAACAUCCUGGGGCAAUGAAGGUUACAUCAAGUCUCUUUCUGACAGCUUUAGGGUUGGCGAGUGUGUGAUAAUUGAAAAUCCUCUGAUCCAAAGAAAGGAAAUAGAAAGAGAAGAAAAAUUCAGCCCUGCAACUCCUAGCAACUAUAAACUAUUGCUCAGUGAGAAUCACUCAACGGUAAAAGUUUGUUCCAGUUGUGGAGUGGACACCAAGUUACUUUCUCUGAUACAUUUACCUGUUAAAGAGUCUCAGGAUUAUUAUACAUUGGGUGACAUUGUUGCAAAUGGACAAAGUCUUAAUGGGAAGAUUAUUAAUGUGCUUGCAGCUGUGAGGUCGGUUGGGGAGCCAAAGUACUUCACAACUUCAGACCGAAGGAAAGGCCAGAGGUGUGAAGUUAAGCUCUACGAUGAGACAGAGUCGUCUUUUGCAAUGAUAUGUUGGGAUAAUGAAUCCAUU